AUGACUAAUGAGUGUGGAAGCCAUGAAAAGCACAACAACACCCAUGGAUCAGGAUCAAGAGCCAUUAACUGGUGCUGGACCCUCAACAACCCCACUGAUGAAGAAAUAUCAGCAAUUCAAAGCUUCAGCGACCCCCCUGUCCACUACCUCACCUAUGGCAGGGAAACAGGGGAUGAAGGCACCCCUCACCUCCAGGGCUACCUUCAGUUUGACAAAAGGAAAACGUUCCCCUUCAUUAAAAGCCUAUUUCCCAGGCGCACUCAUCUUGAGGUCCAAAAGGCCAGGGAUAAUAAACAGGCCAGGGAGUACUGUCACAAAGAAGACCAAGAGCCCUAUGAAAAAGGGGACUUUAAAGACAACCACCCAAAGGGACCCAGUGCAGCUGAAACUAGACGCAAGGCCUAUGCAGAUAUCAAGCGGGGCAAGUCUCUCCAAGAAAUCAUUGAUGAUAAUCCAGAAGAACUCAGUUACAUCCAUCAAGCUGCACGAUAUGCUCCUGCCAGAACCCUUCCUGCCAAAGUACUUUACCUUCAUGGCAAAACUGGAUGCGGCAAAACUACAUCAACCCUUAACGUUCUACUCAAACAUGACCUGCAAUUUUUCAAAAAGAUGCCAGGAACCCACUGGUUUGAUGGAUACACAGGGCAACCUGUCAUGGUGCUUGAAGAGUUCCAGUCCUGCUUCACUCUCACAAAAUUUCUGUCCAUGUGUGACCCAUAUCCUCCACAACUUGAGGUCAAAGGUGGAACAAUGCCCAAUAGAUCCACUCACAUCAUCAUCUGUUCCAACUCUGGACCCUUCCUCCAAUAUCAAGAUGUACAAGACAAGCGUCCUGCCUCCUAUGCAGCCUUCUUAAGAAGGAUCUCCCAAGAACAUGACUGUAGUCACAUGACCCAUGAGGAGAUAGAGAGGCAUAUUACCUCUUUUCUUACUGAACUCUAA